CUUUCUCUUUUGCCUGCCUUUAUCUUCUUGCCUUUCUCUUCUUUUGUUGUUUUGGACUAUGGAAGCUCGAGUUCUUGAUAGCAUAAUCAAUAGGUUGCUUGAAGUUAGAGGCAAACCAGGGAAACUUGUCCAGCUUUCUGAAUCUGAAAUAAGGCAGCUUUGUCUUGUCUCUAAAGAUAUCUUCUCCAGGCAACCCAUUCUUUUGGAGCUUGAAGCACCUGUUAAGAUUUGUGGAGACAUUCAUGGCCAGUAUUCUGAUCUCCUGAGGCUAUUUGAGAAUGGCGGUUUCCCUCCUCGUUCCAAUUACUUGUUCUUGGGGGAUUACGUAGAUCGCGGAAAACAAAGCCUCGAAACGAUAUGCCUUCUUCUGGCGUACAAGAUCAAGUAUCCUCAGAACGUUUCCCUUCUGAGGGGCAACCACGAAUGUGCUUCAGUAAACCGUGUCUACGGAUUUUACGACGAGUGUAAACGAAGAUUCAAUGUGCGGCUCUGGAAAGUAUUCACAGAUUGUUUCAACUGCCUGCCCGUGGCAGCUCUGGUUGAAGAAAGGAUAUUCUGCAUGCAUGGCGGACUUUCACCGGAGCUACGCUGUAUGGAUCAGAUUAGAAACAUAAAGAGGCCUACCGACGUACCAGAAUCUGGCCUGCUUUGUGAUCUCCUAUGGUCUGAUCCUAGUAAAGACAUCCUGGGAUGGGGUCCUAAUGAUCGGGGAGUUUCCUACAUGUUCGGUGCUGAUAGGGUGACUGAUUGUCUCAAGAGGCUUGAUAUCGACAUAAUAUGUCGAGCACACCAGGUCGUUGAAGAUGGAUAUGAAUUCUUUGCUAAUAGGAAACUUGUAACCAUAUUUUCGGCCCCGAAUUACUGCGGAGAGUUCAACAAUGCUGCUGCCAUGAUGAGCGUGGACAGGAAUUUAACAUGUUCUUUCCAGAUAAUAAAGGCGGCGGAUAAGAAACUGAAGUCAUCAGGAUUCGGAACCCUAGCUCCAACUAAGUCAUCUAUUACUCCCAGUAUAAUCAAGGUGCAGGAACCGGAACAGGAGCCGGUGCAGGAAGAGGGGUGCCGUUUGAUGUAAGAUUUUUAACUCUUUAGAACUGGAAUUUGUUGCUUCUUUUGGAGCCAAGACAGUACGUGAAAACAACACAACCAGGGUGAUAACUAGAAAAGCCAAGAAAGAAGAGAAAAUAAUACCAGAACAAGAAUGGUACUUCUUAAAUGGAUCGAUGAAAAUAACAACUGCAACAAUCCGAAGGGGUGUGUGUGUUAAAGUAUACGUCGUUUUUCUGGGGUUAUCUUUGAUGUUGUUAGGGAUCUUUGGACCUGGAGCUGUUUAUCAUUUUUGUUCAUUGGUUUGGGAAAAUGUAGAAAUGGUGGUGGGGAUUAGUGGUUCAAAUUUUGAGUAAAUCACAAGAUUUUACCCAUAUAAUGUAUAAUCAAUAAAGCAUGAUUUGAUGUUAAAGUUUUAUGGUA